AGUUGAGAGAUUACUUGAAGCGCCAAAAGAGGGCAGAAGGUCAGUCGUUCCCGCCAGGGAAUAAAUUGAUGGGCUUAAACUCUGAGAAAACAGUUCAGAGAAAGCUGAAAUGAAAGGGUGUCCAUCUUCUUCCUCAAGAACCCUAAUGGACCUGUUUAAACAACCAGCAGCAAAACGUCUUAAGAGACACUCUUCUCCUCCCCUUUCACCGUCGUCUUCAUCAUCAAAGGAUGCCUCUUCAUUGUCGGCCUCAACCCUCACCUCCGAGGAGAGAUUAAAAAUGGAAUUCAACAAAGCCCUUGCCAAAUCCAAGAGGAACCUUAAACGCUGCUCAGAUGUAGUCUCUAAAUCCACUUCCAAAGGUUAUAAUGACCCAUACCAUGGACCUGGUCAGGCAAUGGGUCUCUCUUUCUCUGUACCCAAUGGCGUAAAGGUCCCUUCAAGUCUUGUAAACAUUUACAAGGAACUUCAACAAGAUUUGGGCUGUUCAAUUCCCUCAAGUGGGAAUCUGGAAAAAUGGGCUGUACAGGGAGUUCUCUUGCUAAAUGCUGUACUCACCGUUAGGCAAUAUCAGGCAAAUUCACAUGCAAAAAAGGGAUGGGAACUAUUCACUGAUGCUGUCAUUGAAACAAUUUCACAGAAGAAAAGAGGAGUUAUUUUUCUUCUUUGGGGAAACUAUGCCCAAGCAAAAGCCAGGUUGGUCGAUGAGACAAAGCACCAUGUUCUCAAAGCAGUACAUCCUUCCGGUUUAUCUGCAAACAGGGGCUUCUUUGGAUGCAGGCAUUUUUCUCGUACAAACCAGCUGUUGGAGAAAAUGGGGACCUCUCCUAUAGAUUGGCAACUAUAAUUCAGAAUAU